AUGACUGACAAAGUUGCCAUCAUCGGGUACGCUUGUCGACUACCUGGACAGGUGUCGACUCCAGAAGAUCUUUGGGAGCUAUGCACCCGUGGUCGAAAUGGGUGGUCAGAGAUGCCCAAGGACAGGUUUUCCUUCGACGCAUUUCAUCACCCAAACCCUUCAAAGCCUGGAACCUUCAACCCCAAGGGUGGCUAUUUUCUUUCCGACGACAUCUCUCGUUUCGACGCAUCUUUCUUCAACCUUACCGCCAAAGAAGCCAUUUCUCUGGACCCACAACAGCGACUCCUUCUGGAAUGUACAUUCGAGGCGUUCGAAAGUGCAGGUGUGCCCCGGGAACAGUUCGCUGGACGCAACGUCGGCGUCUACGUAGGCGGUAGUUUUUCCGACUAUGAGCUGAUGAACCUGAGGGACCUCGAAACCACGCCAAUGCAUCAGGCUACCGGCUGUGCCCAAGCGAUGCAGUCGAACCGUAUCUCUUACGCCUUCGACCUGCGAGGGCCCAGUAUGACUUUUGAUACCGCCUGCUCGAGCUCGCUCGUAGCUUUGCAUCAUGCUGUACGAAGCUUACAGUCUGGUGAGUCGACAGAAGCAAUUGUGGGUGGAAGUCAUCUCAAUAUCUUACCGGAUUACUUCGUUUCAAUGUCCACAUCUCAACUGUUCAAUGAUCAUGGAAAGACAUUUGCAUUCGACGAACGAGCUGAGUCAGGAUUUGCGAGGGGUGAAGGCGCCGGCGUUGUGCUCCUGAAACCCCUGGCUGCUGCGAUCCGUGAUCGCGAUCCAAUUCGAGCUGUUAUCUGCAACACAGGCACCAAUCAAGAUGGCCGGACCCAGGGCAUCACCAAUCCAAACGGGCAGGCGCAAAGAGAUAUCAUCAGAAAGGUCUAUCAAGAUGCUGGAUUAGACCCGCGCCUUUGUGGGUACGUUGAAAUGCAUGGUACCGGGACUAAGGUUGGAGAUCCGAUCGAGGCUUCUGCUGUGCACGAAGCUCUCUCAAUCCACCGAAGCCCUGAGGAUCCGUUGUACAUUGGUUCAGUCAAAUCAAAUGUCGGCCACUUGGAAGGAGCGAGCGGUGUCGUCUCGCUUAUCAAAGCAGCCAUGAUGCUAGACAAAGGUCUGGCCCUUCCCACCACCAACUUUCGCAAGGCAAAUCCCGCCAUUCCCAUGGAUGAAUGGAACAUGAAAGUUCUCACAACAACGAAACCAUGGCCACGGAACAAGAAGUAUGUUUCGAUCUCGAACUAUGGGUUUGGUGGCGCGAACGCACAUUGCGUGCUAGAGCGGCCACCAGUGGGCAGAGACGCAAGCUUGGAAGUCGAUCCAGACCAACUACCAGACCCGCUCACGAAGCUUUUCCUGGUUUCUGCAAACGAUAAAGAGUCUUUGCAGGGGCGGAUCAAGAACCUAGGCAUUUACUUCGAGCGGCGACCCGAAGCGUUCGAGAAGAUGCUUUAUUCGAACAUGGCCUUCACUCUCGGUUCGAGGACAUCAAAUCUCGCCUACAGGCUAGCGAUUCCAGCUUCAUCCUUGAGCAUGCUCACCCAGAAGUUUGCUCAGAUGACGCUCAACUGUCCCAAGGUGCUGAGAGAGCCAACACAGGCUUUUGUAUUUACCGGACAGGGUGCCCAGUGGGCGCAGAUGGGUAUGGGUCUUAUGGAUCAAUAUCCUAUCUUCGCAUCCGCGAUCAACAAAGCCAGCGAGUACCUCACAGAAAUUGGCGCCGACUUUUCGCUCCUGGAAGAGCUGCAAAAGCCAGCAAAGAUUUCUCGUGUCAACUCUCCGCACAUCAGCCAGCCUGCCUGCACAGCCAUCCAGAUAGGCUUGGUCAAUCUCUACGCAGCCUGGGGCAUCCGCCCUGCAUCCGUGAUAGGGCAUAGUUCAGGUGAAAUUGGAGCUGCCUAUGCCGCGGGAGCAUACGAUGCUGAUGCGGCUAUGGCACUAGCCUACCACCGAGGAAUGAUGACUUUGAAGUUGAAGGAGCUGUAUCCCACUCUGAGGGGUGGUAUGAUCGCCGUCGGCUAUGGCCCGGAGGCUAUCAAGCCAUACAUGGAGAGAAUCCAACCUGGAUACCUCACGAUUGCUUGUGUCAACAGCCCUACCAGUGUUACAAUCUCUGGCGAUGAGUCUGCCAUGGCUGAAUUGCAUGACCUUCUGGACGAGGACGACAUCUUCAAUCGUCAGCUCAAAAUCGACGUUGCGUAUCACUCGGAGCACAUGGCCCGUGUCUCGGAUUUGUACCUGGCCUCAAUCGCGGAUCGAACUCCUGCUACCAGUUUGACCGCCAAAUUCUACUCAUCGGUCUAUGGACGCGAGGUCGAUGCUUCGGAGCUCGGUCCCGAAUACUGGAUCAAGAACCUCGUGUCAACUGUGCUGUUCUCCGACGCACUUGCGCCGAUGUGCUCAAGUGAGAGUAGGCCGGACCAUCUGAUCGAACUGGGACCGCACUCUACUCUGAAAGGACCUAUCAAGGAUAUCUUGAAAACCCUCGGAUCUUCAGCCACCAAGAUUGGCUACUCGUCCAGCCUCCUCCGGAAUGUCAACGCCGUAGAAUCGGUGAUGGAGGUUGCAGGCGCGGUGUAUGCCAAAGGCACUACUCUUGAUAUGAUCGCGAUCAAUUUCCCUGCCACCGGGGCCAAGCAUAACUAUCUGGUGCAAGAUCUACCCAGGUAUCCAUGGCAGCAUUCCGCUUCAUAUUGGCACGAAGCUCGUAUUCCGCAAAAGCAUCUCACUAGGUCGGGCAAGAGAAACGAUGUACUUGGCGUACUUGCCAACUACUCGAACGAUCUCGAACCCACAUGGAGAAACAUCAUCCGCCUAGAUGACGUCCCGUGGUUGCGACACCACAAGAUGCAAGGGAUACCAGUUUUCCCCAUAGCGGGUUACCUGUCAAUGGCAGUGGAAGCUGCCCAACAACGCGCAGAUGAUCGCAACACGACCUUCGACAGCUUUGAGCUUCGUGAGGUAGUAGUCGGCGCCGCUCUGGUUCUCAAUGAUGGCUCUGACACGGAAACAACAAUCACCCUUCGACCCUUCAGUGACGCGUCGAGAGGUCAAUCCGACAGCUGGGACGAGUUCAAGAUCUGCUCGUGGGAAUCGAAGCGUGGCUGGGCAGAGCACUGCCGAGGUCUCGUUCGCGUUCAAGAUUCAGGAAAAGACAGAGGCCGUUCGGUAGCCGCAGAUCCGAUGAUGCAGGAGGACUUCAUCAAGAGACAGUCUUCCAGCGUCGAAGCCCAAGCAACGCGUCGGGUCGACGAGACGGACAUGUACGCCAAACUUAGUGCUGUGGGUGCUGGUUACGGUACCACGUUCCAGGGACUGAAAGAGUGUUACAUUGGAACCGAACACUGUCGAGGUGAUAUCGUCGUGCAGGACACUCGUAGUCUCAUGCCAAAGGAGUUCGAGUCCGACCUAGUCAUACACCCAUCUCUUCUCGACAUCUUCCUACACCUGACGUGGCCCAUCCUUGGUGCAGCAGGAGACCAAUUCGACACCUUGUACAUGCCCACAUUGGUACGGUCGGUCAAGAUUGACCGCGAUAUCAUCAAGGUCCCCGGCGAGCAUCUAUCUGUGUGGUGUGUUGGCAGUCCCGAUUUGGGCAACCCUAAGCCGACCACGUUUGAGAUUUGCGCGACCCGGCCAGGAAACUUGGGCAAGCCAGUCAUCAAGUUCGAUGGCUUUGUCAUGACGCCCAUCAGGGGAGCUGGUGCUUCCGGUGAUGCAGACACGGAAAAGGUUUGCUUCAAACUUACCACGCAACCGUUUGAAGCUGGCCCGAUCCCGGUCGAAAAGAUGGAGUCCAAUGGUCACCGAGCGAAUGGUCACCAAGCCAAUGGAUCGAACGGACUUGUAGAGACAGAGGAUGGGCAGGCCGAAACAGGAUCUGGAGUACGCACGCCUGUCGAGAAGCCUGAUAUUUCGAUCAUCCUGUUUGGCGAGAGCCCGAGUGUCGCGAGCGAUUUGGCUGAGGCGAUCGAUGUCGCCACAGGUUCGCGCCCACCGAUCUUCAAACUCGGCGAGACAGAUUGUAAGGAUAAGCGAAUCGUUCUCCUCGAGACUGGAGACAAGUCCUUGCGGACUGCUACUGCAUCAGAGUUCGAGAGUCUCAAAGAAAUCCUUCUACAUGCAGCCAAGACUGUGUGGGUGUACUCCCGAGAUACGCCGGAGUCGGCCAUGAGCGUCGGUAUGGCACGAUCGAUACGUUCAGAGAACAUGUCGCAUAUCGCAACUCUCGGUGUCGAAUCUACUGAGCUGAACUCCAGCUGGCCUUCCAAGUCGAUCAUGCGCACUCUUGAUGCUCUGUGGCUUACCGAGCACGUGGAACCCAUCAACGAUAUGGAGUUCGUGGCCACCGAUGGUAAGCUGUAUGUCCAGCGGAUAGAAGAGGACCGCUCUAUGAACGACUUCAUCAGCAACGAGACAGAUGGAUCGGUACUCGAGAAGCAACCAUACAAGCAGGAAGACCGAAGACUGCAACUCCAGAUCGGCAGCUAUGGUUCUCUCAACACCAUUCAUUGGGUCGAUGAUGUGCCGGAAAAGUUGAAGGAUUUCGAGAUUGAGAUUGAGGUCAAGGCUACUGGCGUCAACUUCAAGGAUGUGGUGGUCUGCAUGGGCCAAGUCAGUCAGCCAUACAUUGGUGUCGAAUGCAGUGGCAUUGUCUCCGCUGUAGGAAGUAAAGUUUCCCAUCUUCGAGUUGGGCAGAGAGUUAUGGCCAUGACAGAGGGCGCUUACUCCACCUACGCACGAUGCCUCGGCACUAGUGGAGUCCCUAUCCACGACACAAUGACGUUCGAGCAGGCAGCCACUAUCCCAGUAGUCUUCUGCACUGCUUACUACGGCCUGUUUGACCUCGGAAGAAUGACCAGGGGCGAGAAAGUGCUGAUCCACGCCGCUGCCGGUGGUGUUGGACAGGCUGCCAUUAUGCUCGCGCAGAUGGUUGGCGCAGAGAUCUUUGCCACGGUUGGAAGUCAGGACAAGAAACAGUUCUUGAUCGAUACAUACUCUAUCCCCGAGGACAGGAUCUUCUACAGCCGCGACACAUCCUUCGGAGCGGACAUCCGGAGAGCGACCGACGGCGCUGGUGUCGACAUCGUCCUGAACUCUCUGGCCGGCGACAUACUCAGAGAGACCUGGGACACCUUGGCACCGUUCGGACGAUUCAUCGAAAUCGGCAAAGCUGAUAUCACAAGGAACAGUCGCCUGGACAUGUUGAAGUUCGAGUACAACUGUACUUUCGCUUCAGUCGAUUUGACCAAGGUCGCUGCAUACAAGCCGCAGCUCAUGCAACGUCUGCUUGCGGACGUGACCUACUUGAUGAGCAAGGGCAUUCUUUCACCUAUCUCACCGAUCAAGUCAUACCCUAUCUCCGAGACCGAAUUGGCGUUCCGCGCUUUGCAAAGCGGAAAGGCUAUGGGCAAGUUGGUGGUGGUUCCCCAUGCAGACGAUCAGAUUCUCGCGUCAAAGGCGAAGGUUCGCGACAUCCUCUUCCGGCCAGAUGCGACAUACAUCAUCGUUGGAGGUACUGGUGGCCUCGGUCGUAGCCUUACCAAGUGGAUGUCGAUGAAGGGCGCCCGCAACAUUGUAUUGACUUCUCGGAGUGCUGCAGUCAACCCCCGCAUUCAGGCGCUUACCGAUCAGCUUGCACCGAGUGGUACGAACAUCCUUGUUUGUGCCUGCGAUGUCUCAAACGAAGAAUCUCUUGAGAAGCUGGUGAACGAGGACUUGAAAGACUUGCCACCAAUCCGGGGUGUUGUGCAUGGAGCCAUGGUUCUACGUGACAUGCUGUUCGAACAGAUGACGCAAGAAGACUUCCACGCCGUCACUACCUGCAAGGUUGAAGGUGCUCUCAACCUCCACAAGGUCUUGUCCUCUUCGCCGCUCGAUUUCUUCGUGGCUCUCUCCUCCGUCGCUGGCGUGGUCGGCAAUCGAGGUCAAGCAGCCUACUCCGCGGCCAACGUCUUCCUCGAUCAAUUUAUGGCAUUCCGACGCAAACAAGAUCUGCCAGGCACAUCCAUCGACUUGGCAGCUGUCUCAAACAUCGGUUACCUUGCUGAUGGCAGCGAUGCCCGCCGCGAAGAAGUGCUCAAGAACAUCGGCGGUCAAACCAUCGACGAAUCCAAGGUCUUGGCCCUGUUCGCUGCCGCUGUCACCGGCAAGAUGAACGAGUCUUGCCAAGGUCAAUGCAUCACGGGACUGGAUACGUCAGACGACUCCAGCUUCUGGCUGUCUGAUGAAAAGUUCGCUGUCUUACGCGAAGCUGUACAGGCCGCAUCGGGAACUGGCGGGUCGUCGAGUACUGCUACCGUCGCGUUGUCCAAGGUCUUGCGAACAGCAGCGUCCAAAGAGGAUGCGAAACAGGCGCUCUAUGUCGCGCUCGCCGAGAAGAUCGCGGCCAUUCUGGUCCUCCCCGCAGACGCAAUUGAGCCCUCGCAAACGUUGAAGAAUCUAGGGUUGGACAGCCUCGUCGCGAUCGAGCUUCGCAACUGGAUUACGCGCGAGACGGAGAUUAACGUGCAGGUGUUGGAACUGUUGAGCAGCGGAAGCAUCAUGAACUUGGUUGAGCUGGUGUUGAAGAAGAUGGGGUUGUUAGAGUAGUGCGCCCAGUAGUCAAUGAUU